AAUAAAUUUGUUCAAAUUUCAGAUUUUUGCAAUUUAUUAAGAUUAGACAAAGUUCCACUGCUUCUAUACGUCAUAAUGAAUUAUUAUGACGCAAUUCGUGCAAUGUCAGUGUUCAACGCAUUACAACAACAUUACCCAAACACCCAACACCCUUAUAACGGCUACAAUAGUAACGGGCAAAUUGCUGGAUCUCUGGCAGAUUUAAUACUCAAAGGCGGGACUUUCCCCCGCAAACACCGACGCAGCAGAACAGCCUUCACUGCCAUGCAACUUGACGCGUUGGAAAGAACGUUCAAAGAUGGGCAGUACCCGGACGUAGAAACGCGAGAAAGUUUGGCAAUCUGUACAAAUUUAGCUGAAGCCAGGAUACAGGUUUGGUUUAAAAACCGAAGAGCAAAAUAUCGAAAACAACAGAGAAUGUUGAAAACGCAGGAGUGUGUUCCCGUUACAGAUUCGAACGAAACAUCCAACAAAGCUGAUUCUUUAAACAAUGAAUCAGCGACAACAUCUAUGAGAGUGAAAACAGAAAGAACAAGUGAUUGUGACGAAACAAAGGACGGUGGUUUCCCAGAAAAAGAUACGAAACCAAAAAUUGAAAAGAAUCCGUUCAGUUUGCCCCCACCUCUAGUUGCUGGUCCAUUCAUUCAACCAAAUAUUCAUGGAAUGUUGGAUCUGAGCAUCAGGGGAUCAAACUACCAGUUGCCGACAACCUCCCCCUACCCUCCCCUUGCCACAAGAAUGCUACAAGUUCCUUUCCAACCUUGGAAUCUUCAAUUUAGCAAUCAAUCCAAGAAAUGAUGAUGUAAUCGUUAUAUCUGUGAUGUCAUAAUACAUGAGCUGGCACUCACCCCAUCAUGGCUGUUUUAUCGAUAAUUUAUUGCACAUAACUUUUAUUCGUGUCGAUUUAAUGCGCUGCACACUGUCUAUCUGUAAAAUAGAAAUAUAAUAAAUUCUUCAUUUUAAAAAUCAAAAA